CACCCAUUCAAUUCUCUAGCAUGAGCAGUCUCUCUUGCCUAUGUAGUUCACCCGUGCGCGAUUACGUAUGAAGGAACCACAUUAUUCGGGAAGCAGGGUAUCCUACUAAGCAGAGGAUAUAAUGGUGAACUUUUGACGGGAUUUGAUAUAAGAAACGCAAUCUACGUUUACCUAUAGUUUAUUUAUCCACCCGGAAAAGUAUAUACAUUGCGCACGGACAUGGCAAAGGCAUACAAGCUGUAUGUAGGAAUAGUCACAGGUAAGAGGCACAGUUCUGUGUUCCUGUUAAAUAACUCUUCAACCUCACACUAACUUUAUUUACUCACUGUAACUGAAUAGAAUUGCCUGUAGUCUGGUUAAUAACUGAAUUCUACAAUCAAGAUUGUAUUUCCUUUGAUAUUUAUAUCUUUCAGGUAUCAUUAAUAUUUUAUUUCUUAUAUUACGUCACUAGUUUUCGUUUAUUCAAAAUAUAACUUUGGUAUAUAUCAUAUGUAUAUAAUGUAGUCCCAUGUAACUCAGUUGGUAGAGCAUGGCGCUUCCAACACCAGGGUUAUAGGUUCGAUUCCCACUGGGGACUAGUAUAAACAUGUAUGCAUUCACUUCUGUAAGUAGCUCUCGAUAAGAUCAUCUGCUAAAUGACUAAAAUGUAAAUGAUCCUAUGUCCCUGUCUAUACUGUGAUUGACAGCAGUAAUUAGCGUGCUGGUGUGUCAGAUGAUCAGGGAAUGAUCUGCCUCUCUAUUAACAAAUAGAGUUCCCUAAUGAACAUGCCAGGAAUACCCAAACCAAUAAUAUAGACUGUCAAUAACCACAUCUAUUUGGUUCAUAGAUAAGGUAGCUUUAUCCCAUGACCCACAUUUGUAUCAUGGCUGGGUGUUGUUGUCCUGAAUAUUAUGAAACACUAACAGUGUUCUUGGAUUGGAUGCAAGACUAUCUUUAGUAAGGUUAUCAGUGUUGGGAAUCCCAGAAACCCAAGCUGGGGGUAUUACUGUCAAAUUUCUAAUCACAUUAAGCCCACAACCUUUGCUCUGUUCUUAACUUUCGGAUUCUAAAACAAAUUAAUUGUAUGGAUUUGACUUGAUGUUUGGGCAUUGUGCGACCAGCUCUGUUUGUUUUCUGGUUGUAGCUUUGGCCCUAUGCAAAUACUCCCUGGCAGAAUGGAAUGCAACUGAGGAGCCGGCCAACAAGACUGUAUCCCUCCAUCACCAAGGCAACAUAAACAACUUCACAGGUAUAUUGUUUCCCCCCUAGAGAAACAUAAACCUAUGGAGGGAUAAUCAUGCCAUAAAAGUUUGUUUGAAGUUUGAAGAAGGCGUACAUAAAAGUAUUUCUUACCAUCUGACAUACUCAGGUUUAGAAGCAACCUGUUGGAUUAGAAAAGUAAUGUGUUUGUGAUUACAUACACUGUAAGUUUGUAAAGAGACGUAGUGCCCUUGAAAAACAUUCUUAUACUAAGUAUUCCUGCUCUGUCAUUAAAUUGAAGGCCAUACUCUAGGAGUGCAUCAUUCGCAUGGUAGUUCAUUCAAACAGUUGGAAUAUCAAAUGCUUCUCCACCCAGCCCUUUAGUAACAGGAGGAGGUGUCAUGUACCAGCCCCAACAGAGACCAUAAUGCAAAUUAAAGCCUUCUUGCCACCAGUGACCAUGCAGUCAUUACCUUUCCUGUGAGUGGUAUUGUGAAAUGUAGCACCAGCUUUUUAUGUGCACUGGGUUAGGUUCCUCACUGCUAAUUAGAUGUGCACUCUAUGGACGGCAGGCUGACAUCAGGUGUCAAUUGAAGCAGCCUCAGUUAGGGCCUCUACUGUUCAGGAUUUGUCAGUUGCUGUUUGAUGAUAACCCUCACACCUAAAAGGGCUAAUCAACUACUGAUCGUACCAUUGUAUUUACCCACAUGGAGUGAUGCAGUGACGUUUAUUUUAUUAGGGGAAGGUGGGGGUAGUUCCUGAUUACCUCUGCCAUGUACUAUUCUUGUUAUGUUCAGUUGAUCAAACAACAGCAGCAUUUCCCAGCUACAUACUUAUUCCCGGGAAAUGUGGUGUGAUGACUGGCUGCACAUACAGCUACUCAGCUAAAUACCUAUCAAUUUACACCUGUUGUUCCUUUGUAACCAAAUCGGCUCCUAUUCAAUAUUUAGGUCAUUUUAAAGGCAUGCUCUCAUGUUCCACACUACAAUUAGGGCUUUCUCACUCUCUGUGAUGUUAACUAAGCCUCAUUAUUCUUUUACCCACCCAAUGACUCACUGGAUGGGAAUAGAGGAGAAUAAAAUAGUAAUAGAACUCAAGGUUUCCAUUCUCUUCACUAACAGUGGCCAAAUAUAAUGUUCUGUUUGUGUAUUUCUACACAACUACCAAAUUAGGCUGAGGAGGAUAUCAGUUGCUUUUUACUUUGACAGAAUUUAGUUAGUUAUAAAUCUGUAAUUGGCACAUUAUUAUCCUCAAUCACACCAGUCUUAUCCCAGUAGUCAGUUCAGUUCCUAGUCCUUCCUCAGAUCAUGAUGCCAGGAGCCUAUUUAUAUGACAGGUCACAUUGGCUACCCUGAGUCAGGUUACUAAGGGAAAACAGGAGCCUCAUGACAAGUUUGAAAGGGGCCUCUACCCUUCAAACUCAUAUCUUAUUCUGCAUCACCUUUUCAAUGCAAUCUUUUUGUCAGAAGGAUAUUAUAUAUCAAAAUAGUUACUUUAUAAUCCCCCUUGCCCCUGUAUUUUUCUCUUUGCGCUUGCCAUAGACUCAAUAGAAACUGCAACUCAAGCCAAAUGGAGCGGCCAUUUCACCAAAUGUCCAAAGGAGUUCAGGAAUUACUGUAUCCAUGGGUCGUGCCGCUUUGUGAAGGAACAGAACACUCCUUCAUGCAGGUACAUCAACUCACCCCACCCUUACUGUGGGCCCCAAUCAUUUAUCUGUACAUAUCCAAGGCAGAUGGUCUCAAGCCAAGAACAUGCUGCAUACUCAACAUUCUCUGCAGUGAAAACACCUGAUUCAUUUGUAUCUAUUUUGAUAACUGUAGCAGAAUUAUUGCACAUUAUUAUUACAAGUAUGAAGUUCAUGUUCUUGAUAAAGAUUUUGUUUUUGUUUUUACUUUUAUGUCUGACAAAUAACAUUGACAUCACUCAUUGACCCUACUGAUUCUCAUUCGCAUUAGAAAGAGACGGAGAUAUCGUGGACGUAGGUCGGGGUGCCUUGUAAGGAUCCGACGUCGAGCGAGUAAACUGCCUCUUCCAUCAAUCCUAUUAGCCAAUGUUCUAUCAUUUGAGAAUAAAUUGGAUGACCUAAGAUUAUGGUUAUCCUACCAACGGGACAUUAAAAACUGUAAUAUCGUGGCUGAACGACGACAUGGACAACAUACAGCUAGCGGGCUAUACGCUACAUCGGCAGGAUAGAACGGCUGACGCCGGUAAGACAGGGGGUGGCGGUCUGUGUAUAUUUGUAAACAACAGAUGAUGCACAAAAUCAAAUACUAAGGAAGUCUCUAGGUUUUGCUCGCCUGAGGUAGAGUAUCUUAUGAUAAGCUGUAAACCACACUAUUUACCAAGAGAGUUUUCAUCUAUAUUUUUCAUAGCUGUCUAUUUACCACCACAAACCAAUGCUGGCAUUAAGAUUGCACUGAAAGAGCUGUAUAAGGCCAUAAGUGAACAGGAAAACGCUCAUCCAGAGGCAGCGCUCCUAGUGGCCGGGGACUUUAAUGCAGGGAAACUUAAAUCCGUUCUACCUAAUUUCUACCAGCAUGUUAAAUGUGCAACCAGAGGAAAAAAAACUCUAGACCACCUUUACUCCACACACAGAGACGCAUACAAAGCUCUCCCUCGCCCUCCAUUUGGCAAAUCUGACCAUAACUCUAUACUCCUGAUUCCUGCUUAUAAGCAAAAUCUAAAGCAGGAAGCACCAGUGACUCAGUUAAUAAAAAAGUGGUCAGAUGAUGCAGAUGCUAAGCUACAGGACUGUUUUGCUAGCACAGACUGGAACAUGUUCCGGGAUUCUUCAGAUAGCAUUGAGGAGUACACCACAUCAGUCACUGGCUUCAUCAAUAAGUGCAUCGAUGAUGUCGUCCCCACAGUGACCGUACGUACAUACCCCAACCAGAAGCCAUGGAUUACAGGCAACAUCUGCACUGAGCUAAAGGGUAGAGCUGCCGCUUUCAAGGAGCGGGACUCUAACUAACGCAUAUAAGAAAUCCUGCUAUGCCCUCAGACGAACCAUCAAACAGGCAAAGAGUCAAUACAGGACUAAGAUUGAAUUGUACUACACCGGCUCUGACGCUCGUUGGAUGUGGCAGGGCUUGAAAACUAUUACAGACUACAAAGGGAAGCACAGCCGCGAGCUGCCCAGUGACACAAGACUUCCAGAUGAGCUAAACUACUUCUAUGCUCGCUUCGAGGCAAGCAACACUGAAGCAUGCAUGAGAGCACCAGCUGUUCCGGAUGACUAUGUGAUCACGCUCUCCGUAGCCAAUGUGAGUAAGACUUUUAAGCAGGUCAACAUUCACAAGGCCGCAGGGCCAGACAGAUUACCAGGACGUGUACUCCGAGCAUGUGCUGACCAACUGGCAAGUGUCUUCACUGACAUUUUCAACAUGUCCCUGGCUGAGUCUGUAAUACCAACAUGUUUCAAGCAGACCACCAUAGUCCCCGUGCCCAAGGACACUAAGAUAACCUGCCUAAAUGACUACCGACCCGUAGCACUGAUGUCUGUAGCCAUGAAGUGCUUUGAAAGGCUGGUGACGGCUCACAUCAACACCAUUAUCCCAGAAACCCUAGACCCACUCCAAUUUGCAUACCGCCCCAACAGAUCCACAGAUGAUGCAAUCUCUAUUGCACUCCACACUGCCCUUUCCCACCUGGACAAGAGGAACACCUACGUGAGAAUGCUAUUCAUUGACUACAGCUCAGCAUUCAACACCAUAGUGCCCUCCAAGCUCAUCACUAAGCUAAGGAUCCUGGGACUAAACACCUCCCUCUGCAACUGGAUCCUGGACAUCCUGACGGGCCGCCCCCAGGUGGUAAGGGUAGGUAGCAACACAUCUGCCACACUGAUCCUCAACACGGGGGCCCCUCAGGGGUGCGUGCUCAGUCCCCUCCUGUACUCCCUGUUCACCCAUGACUGCAUGGCCAAGCACGACUCCAACACCAUCAUUAAGUUUGCUGACGACACAACAGUGGUAGGCCUGAUCACCGACAACGAUGAGACAGCCUAUAGGGAGGAGGUCAGAGACCUGGCUGUGUGGUGCCAGGAUAACAACCUCUCCCUCAACAUGACCAAGACAAAUGAGAUAAUUGUGGACUACAGGAAAAAAAAGAGGACUGAGCACGCCCCCAUUCUCAUCGACGGGGCUGUAGUGGAACAGGUUAAGAGCUUCAAGUUCCUUGGUGUCCACAUCACCAACAAACUAUCAUGGUCCAAACACACCAAGACAGUCGUGAAGAGGGCACGACAAAGCCUAUUCCCCCUCAGGAGACGAUGUCAAAGAUUUGGCAUGGGUCCUUAGAUCCUCAAAAUAUUAUACAGCUGCACCAUCGAGAGCAUCAUGACUGGUUGCAUCACCGCCUGGUAUGUCAACUGCUCGGCCUCCGACCGCAAGGCACUACAGAGGGUAGUGCGUACGGCUCAGUACAUCACUGGGGCCAAGCUUCCUGCCAUCCAGGGCCUCUAUACCUGGCGGUAUCAGAGGAAGGCCCUCAAAAUUGUCAAAGACUCCAGCCACCCUAGUCAUAGACUGUUCUCUCUGCUACCGCACGGCAAGCUGUACCAGAGCGCCAAGUCUAGGUCCAAAAGGCUUCUCAACAGCUUCUACCCCCAAGCCAUAAGACUCCUGAACAGCUAAUCAUUGCUACCCAGACUAUUUGCACUGCCCCCCACCCCCCCCCCCCCACCCCAUAUUUUUACGCUGCUGCUACUCUGUUAAUUAUUUAUGCAUAGUCACUUUAACUCUACCCACAUGUACAUAUUACUUCAACUACCUCAACUAGCCGGUGCCCCUGCACAUUGACUCUGCACCGGUACCCCCCUGUAUAUAUAGCCUCCCUACUGUUAUUUUAUUUUACUUCUGCUCUUUUUUUCUCAACACUUCCUUGUUGUUGUUUUAUUUUACUUAAAUAAAUGCACUGUUGGUUAAGGGCUGUAAGUAAGCAUUUCACUGUAAUGUCUGCACCUGUUGUAUUCGGCGCAGGUGGCCAAUAAAAUUUGAUUUGAUUUGAUGUACUAACCUUGUUUACUGUGACCCUGCUCAGAAUAUAUGCACUUAAAUUAAAACAACAAGGCAGAUAUAUGAUUGGUUUAAUAUGAUCUGACUGCAUUUCAUCAAGCAUCAAAGAAUCACAAUCAGCGAGGCUAGUUCAUUUGGAACAGCUAGAAUAGCAGACCUGACAGAUCAGCAUGUGCUUGUUUUCUCAUAGCCCAGGUGCUUCAAGUUAUUUCUUUGUUUUUCUUUUGGCCACAAGAGAUAGAACCAAUAAACAAAGUUGUUGUGCACAUUUUAAUCACAGCAGGUGAAUUGUGUGUUUGCUCUGUCUCAGAUGUGAAAAAGGGUACAUUGGGUCCAGGUGUGAGUAUGUUGAUUUGGACUGGCGUAUAGGAGACCGGAGGCAGAUCAUCAUAGCCUGUGUGAUAGCAGCAUUGGUCUUCCUCAUACUACUCAUCAUAUUCAUCUGCAUCUGUGCACAGUGAGUACAAUACACAUUCUUUAAGUAGCAAACAGCCAGAUUUACUUUAUGUGACAACCUUCCUGUCUGUGUGAGUAUGUGUGUGUGCAUGAGAGAGCGAAAAAGGUGGACAUACAGCUUCAUCACCUCACAGCCUGUCAAACUAGCCCUGGGAUGGGAUGGAAAGAAUCUGUGUGUGUCCCAUGAAUGGAAAAGUUUUAAUGAAACGCUUGGGGCCAUGUUACCUUUGGUUUUCAUCGAGCUGUAUGUGUCUGUCCUGCUCUCCCCUCUCAUUUUUACCCAAAAGAGAGAUAGAGUGCCAAGCGUUGUAUUAGUUUAACAAAAGAGUCUUGUGUGCUAAAAAGAUACCUUACAUAACUAACCUCCGUGAUACUGGGAGAAUGUUUUGGUGAAUAGCUCAUGUGAGAGUCAAGACAGAUGAUACCAUUCUCAAAUAACAGAAUAAGAAGAUGAUGUCAUCACAAAUUUGAAUGGGUUACUUUCUAAUGUUCUUUUUCUGUCUCAGUCGACAUAAACUUUGCAGGCGGAAGAGGAGAAGGAAAGAGGAGACGAGGAAUGGAACAGAGAAGCUCAAUAUGAUUGUGAUGAACACAAAUGGAACACAUGAAGCUUCAUCAGAUUCAGUAGAAACUUCAGACAUCAAUGCAAUAUGAUGCGGUGUGUACUGUAUGUCUGAGCUUCCAAGACAUCUUGGAUGUUUUUCUGACCUUUGAUACCCAUUUAUCAUCAUUAUCCUUAGUUUGUUCUCUUGUUGUGCCAAGACACACAGCAUCUCCACCUUUUCUGAUUACAGUGGUAUUGUAAAAGACAAUGGAACAACUAACUAGACCCCUCUUGUUGCUGUUGGAAGGUGAUAUUCCCCAGUUGGAUCAAGCCAAGCAUCACGUUAUAAUUCAGCUCACAUCUGAAGGGAGGCCCUGAAUGGGAAUAAAGCCCUGUGCUUGGCACUGCCUAAGCCCAUCCUUGAACACAUUGAUACAUAUUAGACAGACAGAGAGGGAGAGAGGGAGAACAUUACACAAUGUUUCCACACCCUAUAUAGCCCAUUUUGUGUGUGGGCCAGGCCGGUUGCAGGGUGACUUACUGUCUGAAUUUGGCUGUAACAGUCAGAUCAAAGCAGACGUGCAGCUGGUUCCUCACUAUGCCUGCCUGGCUGCCUGCCUCUAA